CUGGCUCGCGCUUCGUGGUGUGGCGGAGACGGCGGCCGUUCCCCUCCGCGGCCCCGGCCCGGCCCAGCCCGACGGAAGGCCGGCAGGCAGGCAGGCAGGCAGGCCCUCGAGGGAGCGGCGGCGGCGGCGGCGGCGCGCCCUGCGCAGAGCGAGGCCGGCCAGAGCGAGCGAGCGGGAGGAAAGCAGGCAGGAGGCCGGGGCCGGAGGCGGCGCCGCCGCCAUGAUGGAGGCCCGGCGGGCCUGAGGGAGCCGCCUCUGCCGCCGCCUCUCCGUCUGCCGGCGCGGGCCAUGGCGGGGCGGCGCGGCCUGUGAGCGGGGGGCGAGGCCAGGCGAGGCGAGGCGAGGCCGGCCCGGCCGGCGGGAGGAUGUCGUGCGUGCACUACAAGUUCUCCUCCAAGCUCAACUAUGACACGGUCACCUUCGACGGGCUCCACAUCUCGCUCUGCGACCUCAAGCGGCAGAUCAUGGGCCGCGAGAAGCUCAAGGCGGCCGACUGCGACCUCCAGAUCACCAACGCCCAGACCAAAGAAGAAUACACGGACGAUAAUGCCCUCAUUCCCAAGAACUCGUCUGUUAUUGUGAGAAGAAUUCCUAUUGGCGGGGUGAAGUGUACAAGCAAAACAUACAUUAUAAGUCGAACUGAUCCAGUGAGUGGAACUUCAAAAGCAAUUGAUGACUCUUCUGCAUCUAUUUCUCUGGCCCAGCUUACAAAGACUGCCAAUCUGGCUGAAGCCAAUGCUUCCGAAGAAGAUAAAAUUAAAGCUAUGAUGUCACAGUCUGGCCACGAAUAUGAUCCAAUCAAUUACAUGAAGAAACCCCUGGGUCCGCCCCCACCGACGUACACUUGCUUCCGUUGUGGGAAACCCGGCCAUUACAUAAAGAACUGCCCAACCAACGGGGACAAGAAUUUUGAGUCUAUUCCCAGGAUAAAAAAGAGCACAGGAAUUCCUCGAAGCUUUAUGAUGGAGGUGCAAGACCCAACCACCAAGGGCGCCAUGCUUACCAACACAGGGAAAUACGCCAUCCCAACUAUCGAUGCAGAGGCUUAUGCUAUAGGCAAGAAAGAGAAGCCCCCUUUCCUGCCUGAAGACCCCUCUUCUUCAUCAGAAGAGGAGGACCCGAUUCCUGAUGAGCUGCUGUGUUUGAUCUGCAAAGAUAUAAUGACUGAUGCCGUGGUCAUCCCCUGUUGUGGAAACAGCUACUGUGACGAAUGUAUCAGGACGUCACUGCUGGAAUCAGAGGAACACACCUGCCCAACUUGUCAUCAGACGGAUGUUUCUCCCGAUGCUUUAAUUGCCAACAAAUUUUUACGCCAGGCUGUCAAUAACUUCAAGAACGAAACUGGCUACACAAAGCGGCUCCGUAAGCAAGCCCAGCCCCCUCGGCAGGCAGCUCCUCGGAACGUGCCUUCCAUGCUGAGGGCAGCUGUAUCGAGGCAGCAAGACCCCCUGAUGGCUCCACCCCCUUCUGCUCCGGUUCAUUCAGCCGCCUCCCUCACUUUGCCGCUGGCGUCAACAGCAACAGCGUUGCCAGUCAACCCGUCUGCCUCUGCACCCGCUGGUGAGGUCCCAGCACCCAUAGCCAUGGCUAUUCACUCGGACAAGCCUGAAGGACCUUUCCGUGAGGGCGAUGGUGUUGGCCCAGCGGCUGCUCACGCGACGGCCUCGGAACACUCCAAGCCACCUUCCUCGUUAUCUGUUAGUACUGUCAUGGAGGAGAAGGGCUAUCAGGUUCCUGUGCUUGGGCAGCCAGCCUUGCCAGGACAGCUGGGUCCUCACGGGCAUUCAAUCCCCACCAUGGGUCAACCAAUGAGGCCCAACCCUGUACGCUCUGCAGGCGGCCGGUCAGGCUGGGAGCCAAGUUCAAACCGAGGACGCCCGCAUAGUGACCGCACACAAAGGACUCAGGCCCCAACACUGCCAGCAUCAACCCAAGUGUUUGUGCCCGUGCCGCCUCCUCCUCCCCCCCUGUAUCCUCCUCCCCCCCACGCACUCCCUCUUCCACCGGGGGUGCCUCCGCCACAGUUUCCUCCUCAGUUUCCACCGGGUCAGCCUCCACCUGCUGGGUACACUGUCCCCCCUCCGGGAUACCCCCCGGCUCCAGCAAACAUAUCAACACCUUGGGUACCAACACCAGUGCCAACGGCUCACUCAAAUGCCAUCCCAACGACACAACCACCUCCUCUAUCUAGGGAGGAGUUUUACAGAGAACAACGGAGACUUAAAGAGGAGGAGAAGAAGAAGUCAAAACUUGAUGAGUUUACAAAUGAUUUUGCUAAGGAACUGAUGGAAUACAAAAAAAUCCAGAAGGAGCGCAGGCGUUCUUAUUCCCGCUCCAAAUCGCCGUAUAGUGCAUCCUCGUAUUCGAGAAGUUCCUAUACGUACUCCAAGUCGCGAUCUGGCUCAUCCCGCUCUAGGUCAUACUCCCGGUCAUUUAGCCGUUCCCAUUCCCGCUCCUACUCACGGUCACCCCCAUAUCCACGGAGGGGCAGAGGGAAAAGCCGGAAUUAUCGUUCCAGAUCACGAUCCCAUGGAUAUCAUCGCUCAAGGUCCAGAUCACCACCCUACCGAAGAUACCAUUCUCGAUCAAGGUCUCCAGUUUAUAGGGGCCAGUCCCCAAAUAAGCGCCCUGUUUCUCAGGGAGAAGGGGAAAGGGAAUACUUCAAUCGAUACCGAGAAGUCCCAGCCUAUGAUAUGAAAGCAUACUAUGGCAGGUCUGUGGACAUGAGAGGCGACCCGUUUGAAAAGGACCGAUUCCGUGAGUGGGAGAACUACAGAGAAUUGUGCGAGAAAUAUUACAAGGGCUUUCCAGCUGGGGCCCAGCCCAGACCUCUGUUGAAUAGAGAGAACUUCUCCCCAGAGCGAUUUGGCCCACCAGGACCUCGGCGAGAGAAUUCUCCAUAUAUUCGAGGUCGUAGAGAUGAAUACGCUGGGGGACCAGGCCAUCGAAAUCGUGGCAUAGGCACUGGCUAUUCUGAAAAGCUGCCAGUCAGAGAAGGCCACAGUAUGAAAGAAAUUGCAAAAGGGAAAGAGAAGGAAGCUGAAAAUGCCCCAGGAGAUGGGAAAGGAAAUAAACAUAAGAAGCACCGGAAGAGAAGGAAGGGAGAGGAAGGUGCAGGCUUUCUCCCCGGUGCUGACCUGUCGGAAGGCUCGCGGAAGUCCAGGGACCCUCCUGCAGGGGAAGACAGCAAACCUGACCCCCUCUUCAUGCUCCCAAGCAGGGACGAUGCGACUCCUGUCCGGGAUGAGCCUAUGGAAGCGGAUUCAGUCGCCUUCAAGCCUUUGUCUGACAAGGAGAGGAAGGAAAAGCCAAAGGGAAAGACUGAGAAGGCCAAGCGCAAACCAGAGGGCAUGGCCACCCCCAAGAAAGACGUGCCAGUGAGACUGAUGAAAGCACCCCCAGAGAAACAGGAGACUGAUCGUGAAAAGUCCCCACGCGCUGACCUUCCUCCCAGAAAAGUGAAGGAAGAGGUGCCCAAGGCUGAGACUAGCAAAUCUUUAUCCUCUCAGAAGGACGAGAAGCCGCCUGGCACACCACGGAAAGUUCACCUCCGAGCCACAAAAGAGCAUUCAGAAACCAGAUCCGCCAAGGAGGAGAAAGCUAAGAAAGAGCACCCCAAGGACAUCAAACCAGAGAAGCAGCCACCAAGCAAGGAGGAGAAGUCCAAGAAACCCACAGACAGAAGCAAAGCUGCAGAAGCAAAGACAGAGAAGAGGAAAAGGAAAGGUGAGGAGAAAGCAGAGAAGGAUCAAGAAGCUGCCCCACAAGUAAAACUUCCCAAACAAGACGUUGCAGAGCUGAAGCUGUCGCCCAAGGGCCAAACAGAGCCCGAGGGUGAAAAGGCAGCCAGGAGCCCGGAAAAAGAGAAGACAGUUUCGCCGGUUGUGCCAGCGAAGAAGAUAAAGCUGAACCGAGAAACUGGCAAGAAGAUUGUCAGUGCUGAAAAUGUGCCCCCUCUUAAAGACCCUCCUGUUGAGAAGCCUGAGCCAGCCAGUAGCAAAGGAAAGCCAGAGAAAACGAAAGGAAAGCUGAGGAGGAAAAUGGCAGCAGGGGAUGGAUCCACUUCCACGCUGGUUGAUUACCCCAGCACCAGCUCAGCUGGAGGCAGCCCUGUGCGGAAGUCAGAAGAGAAGGUCGACACGAAGCGAACUGUCAUUAAGACCAUGGAAGAAUACAACAACGAUAUCACGGCCCCUGCAGAAGAUGUCAUCAUCAUGAUCCAGGUUCCUCAGUCUAAAUGGGACAAAGACGAAUUCGACUCCGAGGAGGAGGAAGAGGUGAAGUCUGCACAACAAGUUCCUUCUGCUGUUGGGAAACCCGCGAGCGUCAUAAAAAGCAUCAGCAUGAAGCCUCCCAUCAAACACCUUGAAAAAGAUCCUGAGCCUUUAGAGAAAAAUGCAAAGGUCUUGAAAGAGCCCAGUCAUGAGAGUUCCCAGCCUGACUCCAAAAGUACAGUAUUGAACGAAAAAUUAAAAAACAGGGAUCGGGACCAUUCCGCCUCCGACAGAGACUCUUCUGAGAAAAAGAAGAUUGGGAUCCAGCCAGAGAAAGAGCGCUCUGAGCAAGGGACUAAGAGCAGUUCUUCUCACUCUUCCAAAGAGAGCAGGUCUUCAGAGAAACAUGACUCUAUCCAUGGAUCUUCUGCCAGGGACUUUACUCCUACCUGGGAUAAGAAGUAUGACUAUGACAGCAGCAGAGACCAUUCAAGUUCAAAGCGAAGAGAGGAAAGGAGCGAGGUCUCCCGGAAGAAAGCCUCGCCUUCCCGAAGUCGGGAGUCUGCCUCUUCUGGACAAAAGAAUAAGCUGAGGGAUGAGCGAUCAGACCAGUCCAAAAAGGGAGCUGGGGACUCCAGGCGGAGCAGUUACAGCCCUCCAAGGGACCGGAAGCAGAGUGAGCAGAAGGCUGCCUCCAGGCGUUCAGCAGAACAUUGCAGAUCCCAAGAGAGAAGCUCUGGCAAAGAGAGAGAGAAGCACCCAUCAUCGGAGACCCGAAGCAACAGAGAGAGGAUGGGUGGGAACAAGCCCUUGUGUCGAGGGCGCUCUCCGGAGACAAGAGAGCCAGGGACUGUGCCGAACGACAAGAGCACCUCCAAACCAAAGCCUCAGCCAAGCCACUCUUCCCGACUGUCUUCUGACCCAACCAGAGAAACGGAUGAGGCCGCCUUUGUCCCAGACUACAAUGAAAGUGACAGUGACAGCCACACAUCUGCCAAAGAGGACAACUUCCCAGGCAGAAGUGCCAGGGAUGGGAAGGAGAAGACCGCCCACAAAUCUCAAGACGCUUUGGCGGCGGCGCCAGCAGCCCCACCUGGCGGGAGCAGUCAGAGCAGCCGUAGCCAAAGCCCCUCCGAAAGCCAAGGCCGCAGCAGCAGUGCCAGCUCUGCCGACAGCCAAGACAGCAAGAAGAAGAGGAAGAAGAAAGACAAGAAGAAGCACAAGAGGCACAAGAAGCACAAGAAGCACAAGAAGCACGCAGGCACGGAGUCAGAGUUGGAGAAAAGCCAAAAACACAAACAUAAGAAGAAGAAGUCCAAGAAGAGCAAAGACAAGGAGAGGGAGAGGGAGCGAGAGGACCAAAAACCCAAGGCGGCUGUGGGGGUCUGAGGGUCUGGCGGCCCUCUUUCAGACCCUUGGCUGGAAUGUAGACCCAGAGAGCCUUGUAAAAAACGCCACGACAGGCCCCAGGCUGCACUUAC